UUUAACCGUUUUUGCAUGCAAAAACAAUGGCAAAUUCGACGGGGAAAAAUCUACUAGAUCAGCGAAGGAAAGGACAGGCUUUCCUGGACGAGCUGCGGCAAUUCCACCAAAGCAGAGGAUCGGCGUUCAAGAAGAUUCCUAUCGUGGGUGGGAAAGAGCUGGAUCUGAAUGCUCUCUAUAUCAGAGUCGUCUCUUUAGGUGGAUUUGCAAAGGUCUCUGACAAAAACCAAUGGAUUGAACUCGGAGAAGAGUUUAACUUUCCCAGGAGUUGUUCCAACGCUGCAUUUGCUUUAAAACAGUACUACCUUCGAUACUUGGAGAAGUAUGAGAAAGUCCACCACUUCGGCGAGGAUGAUGAAGAAGCGCAGCCGGGGAAUCCCAAAGCCUCUCUUCCAAUCGGUGCAAUUCCCAACUCUUAUAACUACCAGCAACACAUUGUAUCAGACUAUCUCCGCCAAAGCUAUGGACUGUCUACGGAUUUCGUUCCACCGUGUGACUACAAUAAACUGGUGCUGUCUCUCCUCUCGGGCCUACCCAACGAAGUGGACUUCGCUGUUAACGUUUGCACUCUGCUUUCCAACGAGAGCAAGCACGCCAUGCAGCUGGACAAGGACCCCAAACUGGUCACGUUGCUGCUGGCCCACGCCGGCGUCUUCGACGACUCGCUAGGCAGCUUCUCCGGGGUAUUCGGGACAGACUGGAAGGAGAAAACGUCCCGGGACUUUGUCAGGUUCUGGAAAGAGGUGGUGGAGGACGCUGAAGUCAGGGAGCUGAUCUGGGACAAGGGCAGCCCAGCACAAGAUGGUACGUCGUGUGAGGAGCGCUGGCAGAGCCUCUUCCACCCGCCACGGAACCUCGGUAUCAGUGACAUGGAGGCCCAGCGGGUGCUGCAGAUUGCCGUUAUCCUGCGAAACCUCUCCUUCGAGGAGGCCAACGUCAAGCUGCUGGCGGCCAACCGAACGUGCCUGCGCUUCCUUUUGCUCUGUGCCCACUGUAACCUCAUCUCACUCCGACAGCUCGGACUGGACACGUUGGGCAACGUGGCUGCCGAGCUCCAGCUGGAUCCCGUUGACUUUCGGACGACUCAUCUGAUCUUUCACACCAUCACCAAAUGCUUGAUGUCCAGGGACCGGUUUCUCAAAAUGAGAGCCAUGGAGAUCCUGGGCAACCUCAGUAAGGCGGAGGACAAUGGUGUGCUAAUCUGUGAGUACGUGGACCAGGACUCGUACAGGGAGGUAAUGAUGCUCCUCACCCUGCCCGACCUCAUGCUCCUCAUGGCCUCCUUGGAGGUGCUGUACCUGCUGGCCCAGCUCGGAGAGAUUCCCUGCAGCAAGAUCGCCUCCGUAGACCACAGCAUAGACCUUUUAGUGCGAUUAGUAUCGGUUGACCUUCACACAUUUGGACCUGACGCCCUAACAGCGGUGCGGUUGAUUGAGCAUCAGGCCAACGCUGACCAGGCAGCCGAGGUUCGACCACAGCUGGUCGAGCAGGUACCUGCAGCCGUGCAGGGAGCACCAGCAGCUGUAACAAGGGUCCCAGUUCAAUCCACUCAACCACCACCUGGUAUUGUUGAACUAGAUGGGGAGAAAUUUACACUGCAGUGGCUAAACGCACACUUUGAGACAAACCCUGAGGGCUCUGUGUCUCGAUCAGAGAUGUACUCUGAGUACCUUGCCACGUGCAGUAAAAUGGGACGAAGCAACAUCUUGAACUCCACCGGGUUCCUUAAAUGUCUCCGGACUGUGUUCCCCAACCACACGAUGCGGCGGCAAGAGGAGCCCAAGGCCAACGGCCAGGUUCAGAUCCUUCUGGUUGGGCUAAGGCGAAGGUCAAUCCCCUUGCCCAUCCAGCUGUACUACCAGCAGUCUCAGCAGCAACAGCAGCAAAGUCCGGCAGCAGCUCCUCCACCUCCAGCAGCCCGACAUGAAGCACCUGGAGACCCUCAGGCUCCGCCUCCAGGCUUACCUCCCGGGCAUCCCAUUCUUGGACCCCAGUUUGUCCGGGCCCCAGGCCCCAGCCUCAGCACCGGAGGUGCCGCCCCAUCCAUGGCCUUGACUGCACAGGAACCUCCCCAUGCAAACCACCCGACUGUUUCUCGUCACCCGGUGCCCCCACAGGUGCCUCUGCAGUUACCACCAAAUCCUCUGGCAGCUGUGCAGCAACAGGUCCGACCUGGUCCAGUGGUCCAGAUUCCGACGUCGGCACCAGCCACCCAGAACCACAGCCCCCAGAACCCCACCGCUCUGCCUGCGGCUCAGCAACAACAGCAACACUCCCCCAUGCUCCCCACGGGGACGCCAGUCACGCUAUUUCAGCAGGUACCACAGGGCCACAUCCUCACCGCCAGGGUACAAGGUGUGUGCCCUCCGAUCACCCACCAUCCUCCCUUGCCUCAAAUCCCUCCCCUGUCUGGGCCUCAGGGUGGAGCUCCCCAGGUGGAGCCUCAAUGUGUUGCUGCAGCAUCGGCACCCUCCUCUUCCAUCCAGGUGGGAGGUAGUCAGGCGCUAAGCAUCACGGGUGUGCCCAAUUCCCAGGGGUCACGUGUCGCAUUUCAGAAUAUCGCCCCCAAACCAGCGCCAAACCAGUCAGGUGGACCAGCAGCCACAAUAGCCACUCCCAACCAGCAGCCUCAGCCUCAGCAGCAGGCGCAGAGUGUAGUAAUAGUCAGCCCCAACCCCCAGCAGAGCCCCGCCUACACCCCUGCCAUACACCAGAUUGUUCUUGCCAACCCCUCCGCUAUUCCCGGUGCCCAAACUAUCCAGAUAGCAGGGCAGCCAGGAGCUGCUUCCAGUCCCUGCCCGCCUCCUGUCUCUCACUCCAACACCCAGGUCCAGCCCAAUCAAACUGUCAGCCACGCACUGUCCAUGAAACGGCAUCAACAGCAGCAACAUCAACAGCAGCAUCAACCACAGCCACCGCUCCAAAUUAUCUCCCAGACUCCUCCCUCUCAGCCUACCUCCACUGAGUCCAGCUUGAUCAAACAGCUACUGCUUCCAAAGCGAGGGCCUUCUACGCCGGGAGGAAAGCUCAUCCUACCCGCUCCGCAGGUGCCCCCUCCCAACAGCACGAUAGCCCCUAGUCCACAGGUCAUCUACCAGGCGGGCUACAGCACACAGACUCCCUCUACUCAGCCUCAGCAGCUCAAUGUCCAGCUUGUUCCUGGCCAGCUUCCUGCAGCAGGAGCUCCAGCCCUUCAGACGGUCCAGCUCUUGCCAGGUCAACUCAUUUCCACAAGUAGUCCGGGGGCAGCUACCAUCAUCCAGGGCCCCACGGCAGCUGGACAAGUCACAUUCACCGUGGUCCCCAACACUGGCUUCACCACCUCUACUGCUGCUGUUGCUGCUGUCAGCCAGGGCGCCGUGGCUCCGGUCGUUCCCCCUCCUCCAUUCUCUACUGGAACCGUGCCCCACCACACCCCAGCAGCCCCACCACCACCACCGCCACCACUGCCAGCUCCCCUCAGAGGAGACAAGAUCAUUUGUCAAAAGGAGGAGGAGGCUAAGGAUGCCACGGGGCUGCACAUCCACGAGAGGAAGAUUGAGGUGAUGGAGAACUCGUCUUUGGCAGAAGGAGACUCCUCUAACGGCAAAGCCAGUAACGGCGAUGUCGCGGCAGGUGCGAAGCUGCUUAAUGGUCGGAAGUGCAUGGAGUCUAAUCUACCUCCAUACCACUCAGGGAACAGCCAGGGGGCACUCAAUGGCCCGGCUACGGAGAGUCACCCUGCUAAUGGGAAGCAGGCCCUCUCCCCCGGCCUGAACACCCCUCUGGAGGGCAACCCCGACCCUAAAAAGACUUUAGUCAACGGAGUGUGUGACUUUGAUCGGGGUGACAGUGGUGGCAACUUUAACAAAAACAUUCCAAAUCACAUUGCUUCCAAACAGUACUUGGGGAACGGGGAAGUUGGCCCUUCUGAAAAGAGUCACGGCUCAGACCCCCCUCUCCCUAGUCCUCCCCCCCCACAGCAGGACACUGCCAAAGCCCAGCAGGCUGAGCGCCUGGCCAACGGACCCCAGGCAGUAGGCAAUAGGCUUCCCUCGGAAUUAACAAAUGGACCUUUGGGGCUGGGCCACGCUGUGCUAAGACAGCAACUGCUCCCCAACUCCUCCCUCCCCCCCACUGUUACUGUUACCUCCCAGAGUCUUGCUGCCUCUCCUGCAAACGGAGUGGCCUCCGAGGCUCGAGGCCUCAAGAGGCCGGCUGAGAACGAGGACCGCAGCGCAGCGGCAGCAUCCUCGGGGAUCCCCAAUAAAGUGGGAGUGCGGAUCAUCACCAUCAGUGACCCCAACAACGCCGGCAGCAGUGCCACCAUGGUGGCAGUGCCAGCAGGAACAGACCCAAGCACAGUAGCCAAAGUAGCAAUAGAGAACGCCACUCAGCAGAGGAACUGCUCACCCACAGAGGCAGCUGGCUCAACGCCGACCGUAACCCCGUCCCCGCCCCCUGUAUCCCAGCCUGCACCAGCGGGACACCACAACCCUCACCUCCCAGCACAGCAAACCUCCGCAGCGCCGCCAGAGCAAAGCAGGAAAGCAGGGCAGAACUUCAAGUGUCUGUGGCAGUCCUGUAAACGGUGGUUUGAAACGCCGUCUCAGGUGUUUUACCACGCAGCAACGCAGCAUGGUGGAAAGGAUGUGUACGGAGGCCAGUGUCAGUGGGAGGGAUGUGAACCUUUUCCACGGCAGAGACUGUCCUUCAUCACACAUCUACAGGAUAAGCACUGUUCUCGAGAGGCUUUGCUGGCUGGACUCAAAUUAGAGGAGCAGCAAGCACAAAGUCCCAAUCAGACUUCUUCCCAGACUCCGCCAGUGUCUGGCAGUACUCCGGCACCGCGAGCACCGAAAGCAAUCGUCAAUCAUCCGAGCGCAGCUCUCAUGGCCCUACGAAGAGGCUCUCGAAACCUGGUCUUCAGGGACUUCACUGAUGAGAAAGAGGGACCAGUGACCAAACACAUACGACUAACUGCUGCCUUAACGUUAAAGAACAUCGCCAAGCACUCUGACUGUGGUCGCAUGUUGGUAAAGAGGCAUGAGACGCACCUCUCUGUGCUCGCGCUAAGUAACAUGGAGGUUUCCACCACGCUCGCCAAAUGCCUUUAUGAACUGACGCGCUCGCUCCAGGCUUAACGCCAAAAGGACAACCUCUACAACCCCCUCACCCACCACCCCCAUCCCUCUCCUGAGACGAGAGGACGAAGCCACCGGUGAGCCGUAGCGGGUCCACAGUGGGGGAGCAGAGGGCGGGGACCACCGCAACGAAGACCCUCCUUCUGCCGCGCCUGCCACUCCCCCAUCUCCCCCUCUCAUCCCUCACCUCCUUCCUUGCCAACCUGUGUUCCAAACCCACCCCCCUCCAUCCACACACACACACACACACAGACACACACACACAAACAUACACACACACACAAAAA